CUUUCUCCCACUGUUUCCGGCGAUUACUUGUUUUCACUACAUCCAGUUCAGCCAAUUCGUUCUCCAGUAAUUGAUUCUUGAAGCAAUUUCAAUUUCCAAGCUCGAGUGAACGAUAUGCGGAUUAUAACCAGUUUUUUCCAUCUGGAUUUCGUCAAAUCGGAUCAUGGAGUACUUGGAUGUCUGUUGAGGAAUUGAUAGUAUUGAAAGAAUUGAAUCUCGUGUGUGGAGGUUAUGGGUGACAGAACGAGCAAUGAGAUGGAGAAUUUGUCUCUGCAAAUGAAGAAGAGGUUUUCGAGAGAUUUGUUGCAGAGAUUUAGGGUGAAUACUACAUCUACAGGAGAUCCGAUAGGAUCCGACCCGGGAGAAGAUACGAGUGAUGAGAUAGAGCUGAAUCUCGGAUUGUCGUUAGGUGGACGAUUUGGUGUAGACAAGAGUAAUAGUAAGUUAGUAAGGUCGUCUUCAAUUGCUGCGAUUUUGCCGGUGGUAAAGGACGACGACGUUUUGGGGGUUAGCCAAGGGAAAACGGGUCCUGGCGGGUCUUAUUCGGGUUUGAUCAGAACGUCGUCGUUGCCGGUGGAAACGGAGGAGGAGCGGAGGAAGAGAAAGGAGCUUCAAAGUUUGAGGAGGCUGGCGGCGAAGCGACGGCGAUCAGAGAAGCAGAGGAAUUUGACGAAGGUUGAAAGGGAUGAGUAUGUAGCGGCUAUGGGCCGGGUGGGGUCGUCGGUAGGACCGUCGCUGGGAUCCGGUAACUGGGAUUUCGGUGACGUUGAGGGAUUGAUCGGGAAAGGAGGAACAAUGAAUAAUGGUUCUGGUGGUGGUGCCACCUCCGACGGCAGCGGUGGCGGGUUAACUCAACCGUCAUUGCCGGGAUCGGUGGAAUCACAAGCUUCAAGUAUGUCAGAAUUUGAGAGCAGACAUUUUCAAGGAUCCAGCACUGAAGGCGAAACGAGUGUGCAAUCUGGGCAAGAAGGAAGCAAGCAGGAUGACAGCAGAUCGAAAGUGGUGAACCCUGCGGUCCAAACUUCAAGACCCAAGACAGAAAAUCCAUCAAAUAACAAAGGGAAAGAGAUGAGAUCGAAUAUGGUCGACAUGCCAUGCGUUUUCACACAAGGAGACAGUCCUAGUGGCAGAAGAAUUGAAGGUAUCCUGUAUAAAUACGGGAAAGGUGAAGAAGUGAAAAUAAUGUGUGUUUGCCAUGGGAGUUUUCUGUCGCCAGCUGAGUUCGUGAAGCAUGCUGGUGGCACGGACGUCCUCCAUCCAUUGAAGCAUAUAGUUGUAAACCCUAAUUCUUCUUAUUUGUAAUGAUGGACUAGUGUGUUCUGUCAUCAUCCCCUUGAAGAAUUCAAGCAAGGGACGCAAACCUAUCUAAGAGAUGAAGUAGAUUAUUUUGCUAGUCUUUUCAUUUAUAUUCUUCCUUCUUGUUGGUUCUUUUGGCAGGAGACUAGUGUGUAUCAAGUAGUAGCAGUGCCCUACAUACCUUAUUUUCGGGUGGGAUAUACUGGGUUUGUUUAG